GUGGUUUCCGGAGUAAGACGCCUGCGCUCGCGAUUUGAACCUCCUCGGCCACCAUACCGUCAUUGUCAACAAACAUGGCGUUUUCAAUGUCACUUCUGAGCCUGGGACGUUUUUCUGCGAGCAAUGUGGCUUCUAAACUCUUCAUCAGCCCUGUCAGGUCUGCAAGCACAUCAGCAGCACGGCUGGCAGAGAAAGCAGGACAAGACACGCAACUUAUUACCGUUGAUGAGAAACUGGACAUCACGUCCCUGACUGGUGUGCCCGAAGAGCACAUCAAAACACGCAAGGUUCACAUCUUUGUGCCCGCCAAAACUGCCAUGCAGUCAGGAAGCAACAGCACCAAGAAGUGGAAGAUGGACUUUGACACCAGAGAGCGCUGGGAAAACCCUCUGAUGGGCUGGGCCUCGACGGCCGAUCCCCUCUCCAACAUGGCGCUGAAUUUCUCCUCCAAAGAGGAUGCCAUCGCUUUUGCAGAGAAGAACGGGUGGAGCUACUAUGUCACAGAGAAACGCAGCUCCAAGCCGCGGGUCAAGUCGUACGGAGCCAACUUCUCCUGGGACAAGAGGACCAGGAGGUCUGCUAAGUAAAGCGAGGACCCCCAGCUGUGUGACCCCAGCUCGUCUUGCUGUUGAAUUUCUGUCAAUAAAACGCAUAAUUAUCUAUGUCAAAGCCAAACCUUUGAGUCAUUAUCAC